AUGGGCCCCUCCCUCCUCUCCAAGUCCCUCCAGGCCGCCGGCGUCGGCGCCUUUGCCAGCGUCUGCGCCUUCGCCGUGUGGACCAAGCACUGCCACUUCACGCCGCCCGCGCAGUUCAACCCGGCCACGGAGCCGCUGUUCCGCAGCGCGUGGUUCGCCCGGUUCAACCCGCAGAACCACGAGGCCACCUACGACGAGUGCGUGCGCCGCGUCGGCCUGCAGAAGAUCCGGCCCGAGCUGCUCGAGGACGCCCGGCAGGGGGGGAGCAAGCUGGUCGAGGAGUUUUGUCGGGGUGUUUGGGGCGGGCCUGGCUACACGAUCCAACGGCUGUACCUGCAGCGCAAAUACCGCAACGCGACGACGACGGCGCACCAGCUGUGGACGCCCGCGCAGCUGCGGUCCUCGACGUACGAGCCCGGCACCGAGAUCACGGACCACUUCGUCGUGCUGGCCAAGACGCCCACCAGCAUCCUGAUCCGCUGCGGCGACUCGCCCCUGCACAACCCGGACCGCGCCCGGCCCUCGGACGGCCUGUUCGAGAUGUGCGCCACCGCCGACUUCGACCAGGGCGUCGCCGAGUUCCGCCUCAAGAGCAUCUUCUACGUCGGCGAGGGCGAGUGGGCGUCUGCCGCCGGUGGGGAGAAGGGAGAGGGCACCGCGCACCAGUGGGAGAAUCGGGGUCCCAUGCAGGGGACUAUGCUGUACGCCCACAAGUUGUACACCAAGCUGUGGAUGGAGAGUGCGCUCAGAAGAGUCAAGCAGUGA